AUGCUGAGCGCUCACAGCCACCUUUGCUUCUCGUCCGCCUUCUUGCGGGUGGUCAACCCCAGAGAUAUGUGUCUUGAUCUCGAUCUCCGCUCAAACCAGCUCACCGAACUGGCGUCCAAGAUUGGCAAUCUGCGGAGCUUGAGGGUCCUCAAGCUGGCGUACAACCGGCUCGAGUUCCUGCCCGCCUCGAUCCUCCAACUCGUCAAUUGCAAGCUGUUCCUGAACGGAAAUCCCUGGCUCAAGCCCCCCUCUCGUCGCCACCUCUUUUGUCCCGAACAUGAUGAUGAUGGCGGACGACCGCCUGUUCCGACUUUCCCCAAAAAACGCCAAGCGGCGGUGAUGGUCGGAUUGUUCGCCAGUCGCCAAGGCCAUCUCAAUGUCUUGCUAACUCGGAGGAGCAAAACUAUGCGGACAUACGCUGGCGAAACAGCCCUACCAGGAGGAAAGAUGGAACCACAAGACUUGUCACUCGAAGAUACCGCUCGCCGCGAAGCACACGAAGAAUGUGGGAUCACCCUCAACCGGCAUAAAGUCCGAAAAUUGGCCACCUUAUCGCCCUUUCCAACUCGCGUAAACCUCAUUGUCACCCCCAACGUAUUUUUCAUUGCCGAUCAAACUUUAAUGCCUCGACUCAAUGCCGAGGAAGUGGAUGUAUUGGACGUUCUGAUUGAAGUGGCAGUUCUAGGAUACGGACGUGAGCCGGAAUUUGAAAGGAAAGCAGCCGGUCAAUUGUCUAUGUCAGAAAUCAUCACGAUCGCUCUGAGAGAAGCGCCCAAAUUCCAAUCAGAUGAACAAGCUCACCACGUCGCUAAACACGAUAUCUUGGAAGACGGUCCAAGAAGCCCUUUGGCUCGACUCCGGGGCAAAACUGUAGCUUUUGCUCCUACGGCUGUUGCCAUUGAAUUUGUUGGCUUGUACUUUUUUUCCUCAGAACUGAUUUCCCCUAAUGUCUACUGUUUAUUCAUCAUGUUCCAAGUUAUCAACCUUAAUAUUCGUUGUUUUGUCAGGCCACAAGAACAAUUCGCGCAGUCUCCCGUUGGAUUUGGUUUUCAAUCUCCGCUACUGAGCGCCGUUGGCUCCCAGGCUGGCUCGGUGUACGAGUCCUAUAAUAUCGACCAUCUAUCCGAGCUGACGGCCGCACUCCAGCAGCAAAGUUUCUGUCCUCCCAUCUUCUCACACCAGUCACAGAUUUCUUCUGAGGCCAUGAACUUACAGGGAUCUUCCAACAAUCUAUACGACCCCAUUAAUGUCCCCUAUCUCUUCAGCUCUCAACCUGAGCAGACUUUUCAAUCCACAUCAGCCAUCACCCACUUCGGCUCUUUCAAUAACCCAGAUCCCAGUUUGGAGGAUGAUCAGUCUCCCUCCAACUCAACUGCACAAGCUCAUGGGGAUAACUUCAGCAAAUCCCGCAUGAGCUCCGUAGGGCCACCUACCUCGCUGGAAUUCAAUACCUACGACCUCAUGUCCUCCUAUAACCCCGCCGACUCGGUCCAGGAUGAGACCUUUGCGCAAAUCCAGCCGCAGGAGGGUGGUCGCCGCUCUUUCCAAGACAAGAAUCACAAACAUCUAUCUCUCCAAUCACUCGAGGGCUCCCAGAACAUUCAGGACACCUUCCGGAACAGCGGCGCUGGGACAUACUCCGGCCCUUCGACGGCUGGAUCCAUCAAUUAUUACUUCGCCCCGCCCGCCAGGACGCUUGUCCCAGUCGACAAUAAGUUGCCGUCACCGCUGCCCAGCUUGCUCGAAACCUGUAUCCGGAAGAUGCCGUCUUCGCCCACUCAUGACUCCCACACCCCUCGCCAUCAGGCUCCGGAUCCGGCAGCGCUCCUGCCCGUCCAGCUCCAGAAGAUCCUCGCAGACCCGGGCGCAUACUCCUAUCGCUGCGACUUGUGCAUCUCCAGACUGGCCUUGAAGCCCGGCGCGCUUCCCCAGACCCGGUCCCAUCCAAGACACGCUUUCCAGUUCAGAGCCAUCAACCAACACGCCGGCCUCCCAUCAAACCGCUUGCUUUAUCUCCGCACCAGCCAAUCUCAGCAUGGUGAUUACGGCGCCUUCGGCAUUGCUCUCAAUGCUCUCAUGAGCGGAAGACCCGCAGAUCGGGCCAAUGCUUACUCAAAACCCUCACGACACUCGUGUGUCCAGAGCUUGCAAUUGAAAGGCCGGGCCAAUUGA